AUGCCGGUGCCGGACCGUGCCGCCGCCGCCGCCGGCGGCGGGCACCACCGCGGCCACGCGCACCUCACCAACUGCAUCCACCUGCGCCACCACCACGCGCACGGGCCAGCCGGCCCCGCCUCCUCGUCGAGCCGGCGCCGGAGCCCCACGUCCGCCACGUCCGCCGCGCUCAUGCGCGACCUCCUCGCCCUCCAGCGCUCGCGCUCGCUCCGGGACCCCUCCACCCGCCGCUCCGUCGAGUCCGCCAAGGUGGCCGCCGACCCCGACCCCUACACCGACGACGACGACGCCGCCGCCGGCCUCACCGCCAAGUCCCGGCGCAGCGCCACGGCGCUCAAGACGCUCCUCGACCAACUCUCCGAGAACCCGCACCCCAAGCCAGCCAGGCGGCCCCGCCGCCGCUUCAAGCGCGGGGCCGGCACCGGCACCGGCCGCCGCGCCGGCCCCACCACCACCACCACCGGCACCAGCAAGGCCCCAGAUCGCUCCGCCGCCGCCGGCGGGGUCUCCGCCAACUCCAGCUCGCAGGAGGCCGUCUGCGGCGGCAGGUACCUCUUCCGCGACGGCGGCGGCGGCGGGGACCGCGCGCCGCAGGGGCAGGAGGACUCGCGGAACGUCUGCGGCAUCCCGUGGAACUGGUCGCGCCUCCACCACCGCGGCAAGUCCAUCCUCGACCUGGCCGGACGGAGCCUCUCCUGCGGCCUCGCCGACCCCAACAACAAGCCCUCUACCGCGGCGGCGCGCGAAUCUGAAACGGCCUCCCGCGCGCACCUGGGCGGUUCGCAUUCCCUCUUCCCGGUCAAGUCCGAGCGGCUGGCUUCCUCCACCAGCUCCGACUCCGACGCGCUGCCGCUGCUCGUCGACGCGGCCACCUCCGGCAUUGGCGGCGGCGGGAGCUACUCGGGCGAGCUCGGGAUAUUCUCCAACCGGACCAGCCCCAUAGGCUCCUCCGACCUCCUGUCCUCGGCCCGCUCUGCCCAGAACUCCCACAACUCCCACCCCCACUCCCACCCAACCCGCGGGGGCCGGCACCGGAGCCUGACGCAGAAGUUCGCGCCGAGAACAUUCAAGGACAUCGUCGGGCAGAGCCUGGUGGUGCAGGCGCUGUCCAACGCGGUGCUACGCCGAAAAAUCGGCCUGGUGUACGUCUUCUACGGGCCGCACGGCACGGGGAAGACCUCCUGCGCGCGGGUCUUCGCCAAGGCGCUCAACUGCCGCUCCGCGGACCACCCGCGGCCCUGCGACGCCUGCGGCUCCUGCGUCGCGCACAACGUCGGCAAGAGCCGGAGCGUCGUGGAGAUCGGGCCCGUGGGCGGCGUCGACAUGGACGGGAUCGCCGACGUGCUCGACAGCGUCACGCUCUCGCCCGCGCCCGCGCACUACAGGGUGUUCAUAUUCGACGACUGCGACACGCUGCCGGCCGACACCUGGAGCGUCAUCUCCAAGGUGAUUGACCGGGCGCCCCGCCGCGUGGUGUUCAUCCUUGUCGGUCCCGACCUCGACCUUCCUCAUAUGGUCCUAUCGAGAUGUCAGAAGUUCUUCUUCCCCAAGCUCAAGGAGUGCGACAUCGUCAACACCUUGCAGUGGAUUUCCACCAGUGAAAGCCUGGAUGUUGACAGGGAUGCGUUGAGGUUGAUUGCAUCCCGUUCGGAUGGAUCGUUGAGAGAUGCGGAGAUGACUCUUGAUCAGCUCAGUUUGCUGGGGCAGAGGAUCUCUCUGUCUCUUGUCCAAGAACUCGUUGGUUUGGUAUCUGAUGACAAGCUGGUUGAUCUGCUUGAUUUGGCACUAUCUGCUGAUACUGUGAACACAGUGAAGACAUUACGGGACAUUACAGAAACCGGAGUUGAGCCUUUGGCCCUGAUGUCUCAGCUUGCCACAAUAAUUACUGACAUCCUGGCUGGUUCCUACACAUUCGCAAGAGAAAGACUACGAAGAAAGUUCUUCAAACGUCCAACCUUGUCAAAAAACGAUAUGGAAAAACUACGCCAGGCCUUGAAAACACUGUCGGAAGCUGAAAAACAGUUGAGGGUUUCUAAUGACAAGGCAACAUGGCUUACAGCUGCUCUGCUUCAGCUUGCUCCGGACAAGCAGUAUAUGCUGCCAUGUUCAUCAACAAGCUCAAGUUUCAACCGCGGUGUAUUGCCUGGUUCCUUUCCUGAUAAGGAUGUAGCAUGGCACUCAGCUAUUGAGCAUAAUGGUAAUAUAGCAAGCACUUCUUAUGGGGAAAAGAGAAGCAUUGAACAUACAUCAAAUCGCAAUGGUUUGUUAGCCAGUGUUGGCAAAGCAAAUGAGCAAUCUAAACAUAACAAAACUGAAAAUGAGAUGAUCUGGCAAGCUGCACUUGAGAAUAUUCAGUCAGAUACACUGAGAAAAAUGAUGGCCAAAGAAGGAAAGCUAAGAUCCGUCAGCCUAGGCACUGCACCCACUGUGCAACUGAUAUUCAGUUCACGUGUAAAUAAGUCCAAAGCUGAAAGCUUCAGGGGACAAAUUCUGCAGGCAUUUGAGUUUGUUCUUCAUUCUGCUAUAAUACUUGAAAUCCGAUAUGAAUCAAAAAAUGAUGCGAGAGAUCCAUCUACUUACGUGGAGAAUGACUCCUCCAACAUGGCACUAAGGAGGUCCUUCUCCAAACAUAGUCCACUUUCUUCUGGAGGUGAAAAAAAUCUUAUCAGGAGGCUUAAAAAAGAUAGACCUGUGAAGGGAUCUAGAUCUACUAAGACCAGAUGGAUGCAAUCUGAUCCCCAUAUAUUAACAGAAGGCGAGAUCAUUGAGGUCGGUCCUUCUCACAUGCAUCAUCAUGCUGAAACAGAUAAGGGUGUUCUUGAUAUAAAUGAAAGAAAGAAGGAUAAUAUAUGGGAAGAGGCUUUGUCGUCACCAAACCAAGAGGGUGUGAUUAGUCAAGGAGGAAGAAAUGGAAAUAAACAGCGUCGACAAAACAGCAUAGUAAAAGGAAAGGUAUCGCUUGCUCAUGUUAUCAGUAAGGCAGAGGCUUGUUCUCAAGGAGGCUGGUCUAGACGAAAAGCUUUGUCAGUUGCAGAAAAGCUGGAACAGGAGAAUUUGAGAUUAGAGCCUAGAUCGAGGAGCAUACUUUGUUGGAGAACUUCAAAGACUCGACGGAAGCUCUCAUCGUUUAAGGUCAGGACUGGAAGGUCACAAGCUGUAUCACGGCUUAUUUUGUGUGGAAGAUGCAUUUCCACAAAAUCACCAAGAUAAACCUAGAAUCCUGAAGUCGUAGUUUUACAAGGAUUUAAUUUAGCAUCCAAAGUUUAUAUUUACGAUGUACCUUGUAGGCUGUAGCUGUCAGUUUUUAGGUUCUCUAAUCUGUAUAUUCUUUGGCAUGUAAAAGAACGAUAGAAAUGACAUAGCAAUUUUUUUUGUUAAAUAUGCUUGUAAUUCUUUUUGAAGGCCAACAAAGUAUGUACUGGAGGCCUCGAUUAAUAAAUAGAAUAUUGGUCAGUU